AUUCAUCAUAGCUUCAAAAUCUUAAAAACAACAACAAAAAUGAAAAGUCUCCACUUUUUAGCUCCCAAUUCAACGAUUAUCAAUCUGAAGCAACAAUCUUAUACAAAAACCAAGUUCCAGUUGCAUCGUAGCAACAGAAGAACUCUAUCGAUAAACUGCGUAAACAGUGGCGGUGAUGAAGAGAAGAUUACUCAGCCGUUGGAUGGAGUGGAGAUAAGAUUCAAAAGAGGAUCCAGAAGGAAAAUGAGGGAAGAGGGUUCAGGAGAAGGAGGAGGACAAAGCGGGAAGAAAAAAGAGACUGUUCAAAAGCCAUGGGAAGAGAUGACAUUGAAUGAGAAGGCAUUGGAGCUUUAUGUUGGAGAGAAAGGUUUGUUGUUUUGGCUAAACAAAUUGGCUUACGCGUCGAUAUACAUUGUCAUUGGAGGUUGGAUUUUUUUCCGGUUUGUUGGACCGGCGUUUAAUCUUUAUCAACUCGAUACACCGCCUCUUGAUCCUAAGAACAUCUUAAAGGGUUAAGAAAUGCUUUGUAGCUGUGUCUGCAUUCUCUGUUCCAAAACAUUUUGAGGCUUAUAUAUUCAAGUUAGUUUCGAGUAAUGUGUAGCCAUGUCUCACUAGAUUAAGAUACACAAGAGAACAACACUCUUCAUGAAUUUUCAAGAUUGUUCUGUUGGAGUUAUGUCCUGAUCAAGGAUAUCUCGUGUAGUCUUGCACCUGACAUGGAAAAGAAAAUAUUUUUUUCUUCGGCU